UCCUCCUCCCUCUCCUACCCCCUCCAAAGAAAAGCAUCUCUCGCGGCAUAGAAUAGAUUCAUCCACACGCAUACCUAGCCUCGAUCUUAAACUACAGUGGCUUGUGGGUUUUCUCCGCCGCCACGCCAUGGCUUCCCUGCCUCUUCUUCCUCAGGUCCUCGUCCCCUUCCUCGUGCUGCUCUGCCUCUCUCCGGCCUGCGCUGCCCGGAGGGUCUCGGUGGCGGUCUACUACGAGACGCUGUGCCCGUUCUGCUCCGGCUUCGUCGUGAACGAGCUGGCCAGGAUCUUCCGGAACGGCCUCUCCUCCAAUGUCGACCUCCGCCUCGUCCCUUUCGGCAAUGGGCGCUUCUCGCCCGACGGGUCCAUGACCUGCCAGCAUGAGGAGGAUGAGUGCCGACUCAACGCGAUACAAGCUUGCGUUAUCAGUGUCUGGCCUGAUGCGGAACGGCAUUUCCCUUUCAUAUACUGCAUCGAGCAUUUGGCCCUGACUCAGAAAUGGGGCGCGUGGCAGUCGUGCUUUCACGAAACUGGUCUGGCCUCUCAGCCUGUCUUGGACUGCUACAACUCAGGAUACGGCAGGCAGCUUGAACUCCAGUACGCGGCAGAGACGAAUGCUCUCCAGCCCCCACACAAGUUUGUGCCUUGGGUGGUCGUGAACGGGAGACCCCUUGGCGAUGAUUACACCAAUUUUGAAGCCUACGUUUGCAAUGCUUAUGACGGCGAACUUCCAGAGGCAUGCAGGGGAAAGCACCUGCAAAUUGCUCAGCACAAAAGAGCAAGCCCAGGACACAAGGUUUGCCCCGUUAACUGAACUGUCAACUGAUCUUUAAAGUUUCAGUAUAAGAUGCUGCAUUUCAGCUGGCCUACUGGGUCUAGAUGUACCGAUUUACAAUCGGAAUCGUAUUUGCUUCUGCUGAAAGGAUUGCGAUGGCAGUUUUUCCUUUUGUUUUUGCGAUGACAAUGAACAUUGAUGCACUUUGCCCGACAAGAAGUUGCUUCCAAUUUAUGGAAGCCUAGUUUUCUUCUUCUUUUGUUUUUGGGCAUGGGCACUUCACUUCGCAUUGUUAUAUUCAGAGACAUGCCUGAUUGGGUUUCAUGUUCUUAUAACACAGAGGAAUCCAAGAGAGAUGGCCAUUGUACUUGCUUUUUGCAUUGCUCUGUGGUUCUGAAGCGAUACUUCAUCAAGAUUAACCCGAACUUUUUCGGAGGCAGGUCAAGAUAGUCCACUAACAAAUAGCAGUAGCUGCAUAUAUUGAAACGGGAAAUUGUACAUCCUUUAAAAUAGUUAUUAUUGCUUUCAUUUUAUGCAAAAAGGCAGACGCUCUGUUCAAUUCAUUAUUAAGAUAGGAAAAUGGGAGAAUGAGCAGAGUUAUUUACUAAAGUGUAAAGAGCAAAGAACAAUCUUAAAA